AUGACAUCGGCAUCGCCAACCAUGGCAGACACAGCAACCCAGCCCGCGGCCGUCACGGCCAGCACCGACACAGUACCACCUCUACAGGCCCAGGCCGGCGGCGGCGCCAGCGAGUCGCAGCGCACCGUCAAGGCGUUCAACGACUCUGUCAUCAAGUACCUAAACAGGAUAUUCAGCAUCCACGCCGGCCAGACCGACCAUAAGUGGCACAAGGAGCAAAUCACCUCCUUCGUGAAGUCUGUCCAGGGCGAGGAGACGCCUGCUUGUCUCACGUCGGGAACCAAUGCUGCUGCCAACGCCCCGGAGGAGCUUGACUUUCACGGCUUCCUCAGCUACAUGGCCUCCUCGGCUUCAGCCGCCACUGCCCCGGCCCGGGAGCAGGACCUGACCUACCCGCUUUCGAGCUACUUCAUCAGCUCCAGUCACAACACGUACCUCACGGGAAACCAGCUGUACAGUGAUUCAAGCACCGACGCGUACAAGAACGUACUGCUUCGGGGGUGCAGGUGCAUCGAGAUCGACGUCUGGGACGGCGACGAUUCGGAUAAUGAGGAAGGCACCUCCGUCAGCAGCAGUGACGAGGAGGUCGGCGCCGCCGCCGCCGUGGCGGAUGCGCCGAAGCCUCAGAAGGAGAAGCGGAGCAAGCUCCAGAUGCUCAAGGAUAAGAUGCCGGGGUCUCUGGCAAGCAAGCUGGAGAAGACGUCGCUGGGGAAGAAGAUGGAUGAGAAGAUCGAAAAGUCCAACAGCCCGCCGGCAGAGACCGCCACGGCUCCGGCUCCGCCCGCGGCCGUGGGGCAACAGAUAGCAGCGGCCGGCUCGGGGACGCUGCAGAAGACACCCUCACCGAGAUACCACCCCAUCGAGCCCCAGGUCUUCCACGGCUACACGCUCACCAAGGAGGUGCCCUUCCGGAGCGUCUGCGAGACGAUCCGCGACUACGGCUUCGCGGCGGCCGACACGCCGCUCAUCGUCAGCCUCGAGGUGCACUGCGGCGCCGAGCAGCAGGAGAUCAUGGUGCAGAUCAUGGAGGACACCUGGAAGGGCCUGCUGGUCCCGACACCCGACGUCGACGCCAAGGAGCUACCCCGCCCCGCGGACCUCCUGGGCAAAAUCCUCGUCAAGGUAAAGUACGCCCCGCCGACUGACCCCGAGACGGACACGCCAGGCGACGGCGUCGAGGACGACAACGCGUCCCUGUCGCCGUCGCCGUCGCCGUCGCCGUCGCCGUCGCCGCCGGCGGACCCGACGAAUAAGAAGCCCGCGGCCGCCAAGAAAAAACCGAGCAAGAUUAUCCAGGCGCUCAGCAGGCUGGGCGUCUACACGCGCGGCGUGUCGUUCAAGUCGCUGACGCAGCCCGAGGCCACGAUGCCGACGCAUAUCUUCUCUCUGUCGGAGAAGGGAGUCAUGGAGGUGCACGGGAAGCAGGGGGCGGAGCUCUUCCACCACAAUCGGCACUUCCUGAUGCGCGCGUACCCGUCCGGCUUGCGGAUCGGGAGCUCGAACCUCGACGCCCCCGUGUUCUGGCGUCGCGGCAUCCAGAUAGUGGCCCUGAACUGGCAAAACUGGGACGAGGGGAUGAUGCUCAACGAGGCCAUGUUUGCUGGCACGCGCGGUUACGUCCUGAAGCCCGAGGGAUACCGCUGCCCCAAAGCAGGUUCGCCCCCCGAUACGGCGCAGGGCGUCCCGCAGCUCGACUACAAGACGCUGGACCUCCAGAUCGACAUCCUGGCGGCGCAGAACCUACCACUCCCGCCCGGCGACACCAAGAUCAAGGGGUUCAAGCCCUACGUCAAGGUGGAGAUCCACGUCGAGUCGCCCGAGGAGCGGCUUCCCGGGGCGCACAUCAAGGAUGACGGCCGCGAGCGCGAGGGCGCGUACAAGGCCAAGACCAAGUCGAACCGCGGCGUCGACCCGGACUUUGAGAGCGAGGCCCUGCAGUUCACGGGCAUCCCCGGGGUGGUGGAGGAGCUGACGUUUGUGCGGUUCACAGUUAGAGACGACGAGAUCGGGCGCGACGACAUGGCGGCGUGGGCGGCGGUACGGCUGGACCGGCUGCGGUCUGGGUACCGCUUCGUGCACCUCAUGGACUGCGAGGGGCGGCUGACGGAGGGCGUCGUCUUGGUGAGGGUCACCAAGAAGUUGUCCUAG